AUGGAAAUUACACCUCCGUUCUCCUACUGUGUUUUUGCUGCAAAACAAGGAAAUUUUGGGCUCAUUAAAGCUUGCACCAGUAACAACACUCUAAGGCUGAAGUGCUCGUAUCCCGACUGUGAGGGCUCUCCGUCUUUCUCCUGCCAAAUUAACAGUUCAGACAUGGAUCCACCGCUGGUUUCAAACAUGUGCGAGCUGAAUAUCACCAACCACAAGUUAAACUAUGCCAAUAAAACCAUUCUAUUCAACUGCACACUAACACGAAAAGUCAGAUUAGAGAUCCGGAAUAUUACCAUCAACUACAGCAUCAAAAAAGGAAAAGGCAGUAUCAAACCUUGCCAGGCAAGAGCAUUCUGGCUUCAGGAGCAAAAGAAGUCUGUCUCUUUGGCCAGGACAGAGAUGAAGAGCCAACAGAAAAGCCCUGACCAGACCGAUGGGAGUAUUACAGUGAACGAAGAAGGUUCAGUAGCUACUGCUGAAGACCCUGCAGCUAUUGCCACUAUUCAGUCUGCUGCUACGUUCACAGAUCAACCCAUUAAAUAUCUCUUCAAAACAGAAGGGGCUGGUGGACAGGUGACCUACAGGGUGAUCCAGGUGUCAGAUGGACAGCUGGAGGCUCAGACUGAUGGAGCGGCAGCAGUUAGCCUGGUUGCUGGUUUCCCCGCCACCUCACAGACUGUUACACAGGCUGUUUUCUCUCAGUCUGAGGGAUUAGAGGGUGAUGGUGGUGCAGAGACACAAUACACUUAUUACCCAGCAACCAUUGCUGAUGCCACGACGGGCACCAUGGUGACCACCGUUCAGGCAGCUGACACUUUGUUAGCGCAGCCCACAUCAGCAGGCCAGCUUUAUGUAAUGAUGUCACCACAGGAAGUUUUGACAGGAGCCAACCCUCGAACAAUCGCACCCCGCACUCAACCAAAGCAAGAUGCUCCUCGAGGGUCGAGAGAUGAUAAACGGAGAGCUCAACACAAUGAGGUUGAGCGUCGGCGAAGAGACAAAAUCAACAAUUGGAUUGUGCAGCUUUCUAAAACCAUUCCGGACUGUAAUGUAGACUACACUAAAACUGGACAGAGUAAAGGGGGCAUCUUAUCAAAAGCCUGUGACUAUAUCAAAGAGCUCAGGCAAAGCAACAUUAAACUCGGAGAAGACAUAAGCACUCUAGAUCGUCUACGUAUCGACAAUCAGCUCCUAAGACAGGAGGUGGAAGACUGGAAAUCCAAGAAUCAGAUCCUCAGAAACCUCCUUCGACAGAAUGGCAUUGUAGGAUCGUCCAGCACAGAGCCGCAGUGA